AGGGAGAGUCAGCGUCCGAGCUACCUGCCACAGGUCUCUCAGGAAGAGUGAGAAACCUCACGACCUCAGAAUCAUCCUUGAUGGCUCCACUCCAGUGCAGCUUUGUGAGGCUGUGUGUUCCUGUGUGGCUGGCAAGGUUCUUUGGAACCACAACGUUGCCCUGCUUUACCAGACGGCGCAUUAUUCACAGCUCCACCUAAGUGCUGUACCACCUGUCCUGAGCUGUACUGAGACAGAGCAACGCUGGCACAAGCCACGGACUAUGGGUAUGAAACCAGGUCGCGUAAGGGACAUGGUUGUCAUGGCAGCUAAGCCAAAACAGCGGACCGUAGGAGGUGGUGUCAGGAGCACACUGUAUGAAGCGGUGAAGGGGGAGCUGCCAGAUCCAAAUGUGCUGAGAGUUGCUGAGGUUUACGCUGACUUCCCUGCGGAGUUGGCGCCUCUCAUCACCACCCUGGCAAUCAGCCCUGAUAUCCCUCUGGUCGAUUCAGCCCUCGGGAAGGUCCAGGAGGGAAGCCUCAUUGCCAUGCAGCACCCGGUCGUCGUCAGUAGGUGUAUCCAGUACCAUCCCGACGCACCUCCACCACCACCUCUACCGCUGGCUGAUUACAGAUUGGAGCCUACAACCUGCCAGUUUGUUUGCAGUCUUCAAGAACAGCUGCAUCUAGUUUCCCUCCAAACCAGUUGGGAAGCAGCCAGACAGGUGGAGGCCUCUACUCGCGACCAAAGCCUUUCAGCUGAGUCAAAGUCAAAGUCAAAAGGCAAGCGGAGCGGCAGCUUGAUUUCCAGUGGCAGCUGGGCCCUGCCUCCCUGUGAGAAGAUGGGCCUGUGGAUCAGCAUCAACACAUCCAGCCCAGAGCAGCAGAGAAACCCUCCUGUCCUGCCAGCAGCCAGCGAGUCACCGAAAGCCUGA